AUGUCCAGUCGCCAACAGAUCGAUUCCGUCAUCGACGACGAUGAUGAGUUCUGUCCGCUCUGCAUCGAAGAGUUCGACCUGUCCGACAAGAACUUCAAACCGUGUCCUUGCGGUUAUCAAAUUUGCCAGUUCUGCUACAACAAUAUCAAAACCCACAGCGAAGAGGGUCGAUGCCCGAAUUGCCGUCGUCCGUACGAUGACAGCACGAUUCAAUACAAGAUCCCCGACGCCGAAGAAUUCAAGGCAGACCUGGCAUUGAAGCACCGCAAAGCAGCUGCAGCAAAGAAAAAGGAAGCCGAGAAGCGUGAAAUUGAGGCCUCCAGUCGAAAGAACCUGGCAGGUGUUCGUGUGGUGCAGAAGAACUUGGUCUAUGUUAUUGGGUUGAACCCCACGAUCCGUGAUGAGAACCAGCUACUUCAGACACUUCGCGGAAGGGAGUAUUUCGGCCAAUAUGGUGAUAUUGAAAAGAUUGUGGUCAGCAAGGCCAAGCCUGGCGGUAACCCCCAUCAAGGGAUUGGUGUCUAUGUCACAUUUUCGCGCAAAGGUGAUGCUGCGACUUGCAUCAACGCCGUGGAUGGAUCGGCGAAUGGUGACCGCGUGUUGCGCGCGCAAUACGGAACGACCAAGUAUUGCUCGUCCUUCCUACGCAACGAGCAAUGCAACAACCGCAACUGCACGUUCUUGCACGAAACCGGCGAAGAUAGUGAAAGUUACACUCGAUCCGACCUCUCUUCCAUGAAUACGUUGUCCAGCCAGCGCCAGAACCAAGCGCCGCAUGCCUCUCACCCCCGUCCCAAUCAACCGAUCUCCCACCAGAUGCGCCGGCAGCCUAGCAAAGACGACUCAAUCAGCGGACGUCAGCCCAUUCCCGAUGGCCCUGCUCUCCCUUCCUCCGCCAGCUGGGCAAACAAAGAUGCUACCAUCAGAACCAGGCGGACAAGCUUGACCGGAAGUCAGGCAUCGCAAAGCCCUCGGCCGGCUAGUGUGAAUGUCGCAACGGCUACCGAGGAGUACAAGCGCCCUGAAAAGCCGUCCCCCGUUGCGCAGGAAGCUCAGCGGGCAUCCACAUCAGAGGCACGAUCUUCUGCUCACCCCCGCCCCCGUGACACGAAAACUCCCUCCGAAGUCGCAUGGGAGAAUGUUAUCAAAGAUUUCUUGUCACCCGACUUCCGAUUUGUUUUCUCAUCUGUCGACAUCCCUGAAGACGAACUCAACUUUAUCCAAAACUAUCCCUCUUUUAUCGAUCCGUAUGGUGGCGUUAAGCGCCGAGCGAUGCGAGAGAAAGCCGAGCAAGAACGCAUAAAACAACAACAAGAGCUUCUCCAGUCUACUGCUACGGAAGAGGAUAGCCGUGAAGCUGGAAGCCUUCAGCUGGGAGGUGAGCCUGAAGAUGCGAACCCCCCGCGCGGUCGACAGACCCGUGAAUCCCACGGCGCGAUUCAACCACCUUCUCAGCAAGGCACGGCUGACAACUCAACUGUUGGCUCCCCUGUCUCUGCUACCAGCCACCAGUUCCAAGGUUUGAAUUUGGCUGGCCGAAGUUUGACCCCGCUCCAACAGCAGCAAUUGAUGCUUCUCAAAUCUGCUGGAAAUCAACAAGCCGGUUUAUCUGAUCCCCUGGGCUCCGCCGAUCUCGAUCAAGCCGCACAGGUGCGCCAGGGUCUUCUGCACAACCAAAUGGCACAGAUCAACGCCCUGCAGGCCCAGAACCGCCAAUCCUCGCGCUUUGGCUUUAACGAGGCUGGAUCCAAGAAUAUCAGCAAUGCCCGCAUGCUGAGCCAGAUGCAGUCCGGGACGCCAAACCCAUUGUCUGCGCCAAGCCCCCAGCACACCCUUGCUAGCGGCUUCUAUGGCAGUGGUGUCCAGGGCCCACCUCCUGGCUUGAAGACCGCAGGAACUCCUCCAAUCAGUGGAGGCGGUAUGUUUGCGCAGGGGCAUGGAUUCACCGCCAAUGCUAACCUGGGCGGACUUGGCGGAAACAUGGGAAAGCAAGAUGCAACCCCCGAACUGAUGCGUGAAUUGCUGCGUGGCCGAAGCAGCGCAAGCGGUGUUGGAGUACAAGGCCAGGAGGCCGCAAAGCGUGAGUUCAUGUUCCCUUUUCUUCAACAGCACCAAACCCCACCUCCCCUGACUCCCGUCAACGGCCUUCUCAGCUCUUUCUAUGGGUCCCAGGCAGGCGCAACACCUGAAGCGGGUGGCCCACAGAAGCAGAAGAAGAAGGGGAAGAAGCACAGACACGCUAACACUUCCUCCGGUGGAGGCGGUGUAGUAGAUCUUGCGGACCCGAGCAUUUUGCAGGCGAGAAUGCAACAAGUUAACGGCAAUGCUACUGCUGGGCAGGCGUUGUACGGGAGCCAGGGCCAAGUUAAUGAGGAUUUCCCGCCUCUAGGGAGCUCCUUGCAAGAAAACAAAUCGGUCGACACGUUUGGAUUUCUCAAGUCUCAGCGUCCAAAUGACUCUGCUGGUCGGGUUGGCACGCCGACUCUCCCCCCGGGACUCCCACUGCCGCAGGGCCAUACUUCGUCCUCGAUUUUUCAGGAGCAAUUGAGUUCCCCUAAAGCAUCAUCGCCUGCUCCGAUGCUGCCCCCGGGUCUGGAAACCGGCUUUUCACGUGCAGGUUCUCCAACGCAAAAGAACAACUCCGGAUCUGAGACAACCUCACGCCGUGGAUCCCUAUCGACGCGCCCCAGAGACGCUUCUCAGAUCUCCUUUGGCUCCCCUGUUGCCAAAUCAGCUACUAGGGCUCGCAGCAACAAACUAAAGCUGUCAGAUACCACUGCUGAGGAAAAGCUAGCCAAACCAAGCCCGAUCACACUCAACACGUCCUUGGCCGCCCAGGACAAUGUCCCCGUCAAAUCCGAGCGCGCUCUUUCUGGUACUUUUGCCUCUGUUACCGGUUCAGGCUCUGCUGUUGGCUCGCGGCCCAACACCCCUCUUACAUCCGCUUCCCGCGCUUCCGACUCACCCGCUCCUCGCCAACCGCGUAUUCUUCGCGUGGUAGAGACCCCCAAGCCCGAAGCCCCCUCCCCUAUCAGUACUACAGCAUCGGUGCACCCUUCCACUGCUGGCGCCGAAAAGUCUCGGCCUCGACGACAUAGUGUGUCUUCCAACAGCCGUUCGGACACUGACUUCGAUGCUUCAACCACUGCCACUGCCUCUCGUGCAACUUCUCCUCACACCUCUUCCCGCAUCGGCUCUGCGCCUGUUCGCUCGGUGACAAAGAGCCAGGCCAAAAAGGACCGACGCCAGAAGGCGAAGGAGGCCGAGGCUAAGAAGGCUGCCGCACCCGUUGAGGAGCCUGUUCAAGCCCCGAUCCUGGGAAGAAAGCGCAAGACCAAGAAGGCGCCUGCUGCUUCUUCCGAAGUGGCAGAGCCCGCCACGAACACUCCUGUCGAAACCCCUAGUCCUGUCAAAGCGGCUGCUCCCUCGCCCAAAAAGCCUGAGCUCAAGGUUGAACCGCCCAAUUUAAAGGAGAAGGAGCGAACUCCUGAGAUCAAACCCACCCCCAUCGAAGAGCCUCCUCGCUCGGAGAAGCCUGUCCCGGAGGAACCGUGGCGCUCCAACAAUACUUUGUCCCAGCUGAUCAAGGAUGCCGAGGAGAGCGGACGCUCUGUCAAAGAACUUUUCGCGGAACGGACUAUGACGCUUCAUGAGUUGCUCGCCCAGAUGCACAAAGCCUGCAUCCUCGACCUGAAGAAGAGUUCGCUGUUCAAUCCCGCCAAUAUCAGCCAGCGAACUGACAUGAAGUGCAACGCUCGUGAUUAUGAUCUUCUCAAGCAACCUAUUGAGCUUACCGAAGAGCACCGCAAGACUCUGUUGCGUGGUCAGCCCAUUCGCCUCGGUGAUGGUGAGCUGAAGAGCCGCGUUUUGAUCACUCCUCGUGGUUGUGUUCUUCGUCACCUGGAACCAGAGGAGGAAGAACGCUAUCUUCUGCUGGAAAAGCGUCGCAAUGGAGCUGUGGACCCCUCCGUCGUGGGCGAUGACUCCAGCAACAUUAACGGCGGCCUGGACGCGCUGUUCGCAACUCCUGAGAAGUACAACGUCUGCUGGGUGGAUGAUAACCUGGCCAACAUGUCGACGUCUGCGACCAGCACUCUCGACGCAUCCGAGUCCGUCAUUCCCCCCAACGUUAUGUCCGCCAUGGAAGCCGACAGCACUCGUAGCCAUGACUGGGCUGUCGCUCACUCUGCCGAGCUCCUGCAGACCACCACCGCUGCCGUCCGCAACUUCGCCGCUGCUACCGCUAAGCAAAUGCUGGGCACUGCUGCCCUGCCCGGUAGCAACCCGAGCCUCGACGAUGUUGCCGCUAUGACCAACGAGGAGCUUCGUGAGCUCGCCGGCAAGUCGCAGAAAGAUCUCGAGACUACCCGUAAGGAACUCGAAUCCCACGACAAGAAAUUUGCGGCUCUUCUUCGACGCAACAAGAAGGUUCAGCAGCAGGCUCUCGCCAUGGCGGAGAAUGCCGAUGAUCAAGCCAAGUCCAAGUCCGCCGAAGAUCGCUCUGACGUCUAA